AUGAGCCAAUCAAAUGUGAGCCUUCAAUUGGAAAGAGUCUACAAUGAGCAACGUAAAGCCGCCACCCUUGCCUCCACAGCCACUGGAUUCAUAAUGUCAAUUUGCUUCUUUGGCCUUCCCCUCAUGUGGUCUGGAUUCUUCAAAGUGAUGCAAGUCCCAGCCGCCAUUGUUUGCUCAAAUGAUCCAUGGAGCGGAAUUACUGAUCUUUGA